AUGAUUAAAACAAUUUUAAUUGAAGGUAAUAUAGGUGCGGGCAAAUCAACAAUAAUGUCUCAUAUUGCAUCUAUUUAUCCAUCAAAUCUGAUUCAAGUACAUCGUGAACCUGUUGAAAACUGGAUGAGUAUCAAAGGUUUUGAUCUUCUCAAAGCUUUAUAUACGGAAAGUAGCCGAUGGACAUUUGCAUUUGAAAUGACAGCACUUUUAUCACGUAUAAAAAAUAAUCUCAACGCCGUUCAGCAUCAUAAUAUUCAUAUCUAUGAACGUUCUAUUCUUAGUUGUUUUCAUGUAUUUAUUCGUCAUGAUCUUCAACAAAACUAUUUAAAUGAAGCUGAAUAUAAGGUUCUUCAAGAUCAUUUUGAAUAUAGUCGGCAAAAAACUCUUGAUCUAUCGCAAACAAUUAUAUUCUAUUUGGAUUUAUCGCCAAAAGAAUGUUUCGAACGCAUUGUCAAACGUUCUCGACAAUCGGAAUUAAGUAUUGAUUUAAAACGUUUAGAACAGUUAAAGUAUCAUUAUGAUGAAUUUAUACAGAAUUUUAAUUUAUGUCCUGUAAAAAUUAUUGAUGCUUCACAACCAAUUGAAAAACUACAUGAACACGUUAAUACACUAUUAGAUCAAUUGAUUAAACAGAACCAAAUAAAUGAUAUGAGAAAUCGCCAACCAACAUCGAUUAUAACCAAAUUAGACAGUUCAUAG